CCGGCGGCCACUUGCGAAGAACUUCCGAAACUCAGCCUUCACGGCCCCUGGUGCUGAAUUUCGAAGUGCGAGGUACUCCCGCAUCGCAGCAUUAAAUAGGAUCAUUCGGUGUCCGGAAGAUAAGAAUCCAUCGCGUCGCUAACAGCUGCACCAUGCACAAGCCCGCGUCCCAUCAGUGCAUCGUAUGGAAGAGGGGCCUUCUAAGCGGGAGUAUAUAACGCCCGGGGAGAGGCUAUCCUGCGCCUGGCCGACACCCACCCAAUCCCGCUCCUCGAUGCAGCUCUCUGCGUUUCUGCCGUGUCUGGGCUGGAUGCUCCUUGGGGCGCACGCAGCCAAAUCCAACCACGCGACGCCGAAGUGGGAGACGUUCACCUCUGCGCGGCCGUCCUCAGGCCUGCGCUUCGUGACGGACUCGGCCGUGUGCGAGACGACGCCGGGCGUGGGGCAGCAGUCGGGGUACAUCGAUGUCGCGGGAGACGCGUCCAUCUGGUACUGGUUCUACGAGGCACGGCAUUCGGCUGAUACAGCUCCGCUGACGCUGUGGUUGAAUGGAGGACCAGGUCGGCUGCUCGGCUAUGAUUGGCAUGUUUCAAGAGAAUGGGCCGUGCACUGUCAACGCAGACAGCGCUUCGACGACCCUGAACCCAUACAGGUCGGUGCAUCCCCCCUACCGCAUCCCCCCUACCGCAUCCUCACCGGCUGCAGCUGGAACAAUGCGAGCAACCUGCUGUACAUGGACCUGCCAGUCGGCGCAGGGUUCUCCACCGGAUCGGCAGCCGUGGGUACGGUCGACGAGGUGACGCAGAUGCUAUGGGACGCGCUGCAGAUCUUGUUCGAGAGCCCCGCAUUCGCGAUGUUCGCCAACAGAAAGAUGAUCUUUGCCACGGAGAGUGCCCAUUUCGGACCGAGUGCGAUUGCGUAUUUCCAGUCCCAAAGCGCGUUGGUAACGCAAGGAAAGCUGAGCGGCCAAAAGCUUGAAUUCAACGCACUGAUGAUCAACGACGGAAAGCACGAUCCCCUGACUGGCUACGGGUCCUAUAUCUCGUUCGCCUCGGAUGCACCGGGAUACGGUCCUCUCCAGCCCACACACGUCAUCAGCAACAUGACACAAAGCUACAUGGAGACCGGCGGAUGCGCGGAUCAGCUCAAGCAGUGCUACAGCGCCGGGAACGGGACUGCCGCCGACAAGCUCUGCGCGACUGCCGAUAAUUACUGCACCAGCAAACUCUUCGACCCCGCGGUGCAAGGCUACAAUCCCGACUACCUGCUGGAGAGCAGCUCGUCGAAAGUCACGUUCCCGCCGUCGUAUUAUCUGAACUACGUGACUUCGGCGAAAGUCAUGAACGCUAUCGGGGCGAAUACUACGUUUGAUGGGUGCAAUGCGGCUAUCAAGACGGCGUUCUCAGUCCAGGGAGAGCUAGGGCGGACGGCGCUUCCCGACCUCGCCGCUCUGGCGAACGCCCAUUUUCCUAUCCUGAUUUGGGUUGGAGACGCGGAUAUCAAAGCGAACUGGCUCGGCGUGCACCAUGCGAUGGUGUCGAUGAGCUGGUACGGCAACCUGACAUUGAACAACACGGCCCUGACGAACCUCACGCUCGGCGGGUCCGCCGUCGCCGCCGUCAAGACGAUCGACUCGUUCACCUUCGCGCGGGUGUACGGGGCGGGGCACAAUCUGGCGGCCUACGUGCCCUCGACCGCUCUUUACUUCUUCAACCAGGUCGUGACCCUCGUCGGCCCGUCCGCCUCGAACAACGGCACGACGACGGGCUCGGCGUCGGCCGCUGGCUCGUCGUCGACGUCGGGAUCGACUUCGAGCGGCGGGAGCCCUCCCCGGGGAGUCGAUCGGAUUUUAGCGGCCGGGGCGAUUCUUCUGAUAUCUCAUGUUGUGCUUGACGGCACUGCUGCCAGACCCGCCGGAAUGAGCUCGAUAUCAACCAAGUCAGAGAAACAACCCUCGGUCUCGAGGUCACCCAAACCGCCCGCAGCGGCGGCCCCGUUGCUUAACCCCCUCAGCCUCGCCUGGGUGCGCCCCGCGCUCGCCAAACCGCGCACAUGGAAGACGCUCACGCGGUGCGUCGUCGCGGUCGCCGCGACACUCGUGCUGCUCGUGGACCGCACGACGAUGAACGAGAUGGGGCAGGUCGCGUUCUUCGGGAGCAUCCUCGCGUCGAUCCUGACGCCCUCGAUGGCGUUCAGCCUGUUCGCGCUCGCGGGCACGCUGCUGCUGCUCGGCAUGCUGCUCGGCUGGGCCUGGAGCGCGGCGGCGAUGGCCGCGGCGGUGGCGGUGCGGGAUCCGGUGCGGGAUGCGCAGCGGGCGGCGGUGGCGGCCAAAGCGUUCUCGCCGGACCUCCCUGCCUCGACACAGCUCUCGGUGCUCGUCUUCCACGGCUACUUCCUCGAUGCGCGCUCGUCCGCGGUCUACGGCGCCAUGUUCUUCAUCGGCUGUUUCGCCAUGGGCGUCCUGCGCGCACGUGCACCCAAGCUCACGCUGUUUUCCAUCUACUCGACGAUUGUCAUGGACAUCAUGUUCACUUUCGGUCCCCUCUUCCCCAGCAAACGAUACAUGCUCGCCAAGCUGUUUAUUCUCCCAUCUGCGUACUAUGUCGCCAUCGCCGGGGUCUCGCUCCUCUUGAUCUUCCCGCAGAGCCUGAAUCAUGUUGUUUUAACGACGCUCGAUGGCGCAUUCUUCGGGUCGGCGCUGACCAUUCUCGGCCUUCAGGGCUCCGUCCUGUCCACCGAUCCGACGGACCAAGAGACGUGGUCUGGAAUUGCGGCCAAGGCAGCGACUGCCCGUGCUGGACUCGCAGGAGGUCUGGCCGGGGUCGGCGCUCAGAUCGGGAUGAUCGACAUGGAGAUCAGCAUCGGCCGAUUGGGACCCACAGAUCUCAAGAGGAUGGUUUCCGAGCUGCGCGCGCUGGGAUUCCGUGUCAGCGGCCUGCUGUCUUUCCAGACCGUGAUCUCCGCCGUCCACGCCGACGAGAUCCGGUACAACACGACCCCGGACGCGUCGGCGGCUGAGCUCGGGCGGCCCGCGUGGACUCACAGAGACGGCCGCUUCGCGAAACGCAAGCGGCUGAUCGAUGCGCGCGAGAAGAGGCACGGGCACACGCUCCAGAAACUAGUCCCGAUUCUCGAAGAGGCCAGCGCGCCACUGCGCGCGGCUUGCGUGGAGAGCGUCAGUGUGAUGCGGGGUUGGCUGGAGGGAGCGAACGUGUACCGCUGGCGCUCGUUCUUUCUUCCUGGUAGCGCGGAGAAGCAGGAGGCGGAAAUCGCGCGGAGGAAAGCGGUUUUGGAGUCCACGAUCGCUAAACUGCAGACUGCGCUGCACGAGUUCCGGACGGUCGGGCGGGUCAAGCUGAUCAAACCAUUCGAGCGCUUCUUCGACGCGUCUGGGAAACUCAAGGAUGGACUCGAUCCCUUGCGCAAUAUGGCCGGCAAGUCUGAGCACGAGAUGUUUGCUCUCAGAUCGUUGUACAUCUGCUUCGUGUUCAUCGACACUCUGGAUGCCUUCGCAGCUCGGAUGCUCCGCCUGCUAAAAAAGACUGCGGAGCUCGACGCGAAGCGGCCGACGCCGAGAAUCUGGUUCCCCACUGGUUUCGGCAAACUGUGGAGGAAGCUCACCAGCAGAGGCCCGAGUCCGGUCGACGAUGCGCCUCUGUCGGAGGGAACUGCAGUCGAUAUGACCAGCUUUGAUGAGCGUGAGAUCCAAGCUGAGGUCGAGGAGAGCGAGUUGGACUCGGAGCAUGUUGAGGAGGAGCACGAAGGGCCGCAAGAACGCAAUCCCGAUGCACUGCCGCCGAAGAACGGUUUUGAGCGGUUCCUCGUCCGAAUCGGCAACUUCCUGCGGUACUUCAAGUCUCCCCAGGGUAUUUUCGCGCUCAGGCACGCCGUUGUCUCGCUCGCGCUGUGGGUCCCCGCGGUCGUCCCACGCACGGCCUGGUUCUACUACGAGAACAAAGGGUUGUGGGCGCUGAUCACCGCGCAGACGGGUUUGGCGACGUACGCCGGCGAGCAGCUGCUCACGCUCUUCAUGCGCAUGACGGGGACGAUCGUGGGCAUGCUCGUGGGCAUCGUGGUCUGGUACAUCGCAGCGCCCGGCCACGGAGACGGCAACCCGUACGCCGUGGUGAUCGUCACGACUGUGUUCGCGGCGCCAUUUGUAUUUGGGCGCGUGUUCGGGCCCGUGUCGCAGAUGAUGUUCUGGGCGUUCAGCGCGCUGACGAUCAUGCUCGUCGUGGGUUACUCGUAUCUGGACAGGCACUACCAGCAGAUUGCGAACCCCGGCGUCGGACUCGAAACGGGGUGGAAGCGGGGCUUGCUGGUGGUCGUUGGGUUCGUCGGCGGGAGCCUGGUGAUGAUGUUCCCGAAGCCAACGACCGCGCGCAUGCUCGUGCGCAAGUCCCUUGCUGCGACCCUGCGCGAGCUGGGGAUCACCCUCGCCAGUGAGGUUGAGGCGUUCUUGGCGGAAGAGGCGCGGGCGCGGCAAGGGGACUACGGCCGCGAGGAGAUCGAUAUCGAGGAACCCUCGCAGUCGGAGCCGACGGAAUUGUCUCCCAAGGAACGCCGUAUCAGGCGGCUUGCAGCGAGGGUGUUGAUUGUGCUGGAACGACUACAGCACCUGGCGCCGUCGCUGCUGACUGCUAGAUGGGAACCUCAGCUCCAGGGUGCCUGGCCUGCUGCGGAAUACCAAAAGUUGCAUGCCUUGGAGUCUCGAUUCGUCACUUAUCUCGCGUUGCUCGCGGGUGCUCUGAGUAAACUGGACACAAAGUGGUGUUCUCGUCUCGUGCACAAGACACCGUUCAUGAAUCCCAAUAUGCUGUCCGACAUCUUUGCGACGAUCUCGAUACUGGGACAUUCUCUCGAGAACGGACAUCCCGUGCCUGGGACCCUUCCCUGUCUGCGGGAGCGACUGAUGUACCACGAUUCGCUGUUGCAUCCCGAGCACGUGCACGAUGAUUCGUCGACCGGCUCGAUGGUGCAACCGGACGACUCGGACGGGGACUCCAUGGCCGAUCUGGUCAAAGGCAAGAUUGACGGAGGAAGUAUCGGGGUGGAGGAGCUGUCGCUUGCCGUGCUCAUGGCAAGUCGGAUUGCAUGUUCUGGGUUGCUCGCUCACGAUGCCCACUUUCCAGGACGCGCAACUGCCGACGAACUCGACUGGUCCGUCCAUCUCUCUCCAUCGAUGUCCAGUUGGUUUCCUAAUCUGACCAUACCCCCAGCUGUAGUCGCCCUUUCUAUGAUUUUGGGUGUGAUCGAUGACAUCGGUGUGAUCGUCCGCGACCUCUGCGGACGGACGAGUUUCCGCGGGUUCGAGGACCUGCACCACGACUUUUUGUCCAAGGAGGAAGCGGGGCUGGGCACAUUUGCCGCGAAGUAG